UUGAUUAAAUCGAUAAACCGACUUCGUCACAAAACAAAAGUGUCAUGGCGGAGUUAAAUGAAAACGCUCGUGAUAAGGACAAAUCGUUGGCAAAAAACAGUAGAACUGGGGACGCUGAAAACAUGAAAACACAGAUUCACAAGCCCUGUUCCCAGGGUAAGCAAGACACAGCCACCGCUGUUACCACCACGGAGUACUGCGAAAAAUUACAGGAGUGGAUGUGGCAGUACUACUACGGCUAUAUGAACUGGCAGAGCUGGAUAGCCAUGUCUGCGUUUUCCUUCCCAGCGUGUUUCCCAACACAAGGAACAAAUGAAACGCCCGGGGCGACGACAUGGGGCGCAGAUAUGUCUAACGGAGACCUUCGCAAUUGGUUUAGCAGCCCGUUUGGUUUUCCUGCUGCAGCUGCGAACGCGAGCGGACAGAGUUCUCGAGCUCCCGCCAGAGCACCUGCGCAGCUGCCACAACAACUACAGCAGCAACAGCAGCCUAAUGGAAAUGCGCAGCAGCCAGGUAGGGAAUAUUAUAUUCCCUCUCCUUUCCAACGGUUCUUGGCAGAAAUGGUGGAUUUCUUUAUUCUUUUUUUCAUUAAAGCUACAAUUAUCCUCAGUAUUGUCCACUUGAGUGGAAUGAAGGACAUCUCAAAGUUUGCCAUGCACUUCAUUGUAGAGGAGAUUGAUGAGGACACAUCAAUGGAGGAAUUGCAGAAAAUGAUGCUUGUGGCUCUAGUGUACAGGAUAUUAGUUUGCUUUUAUGAGAUCAUAUGCAUUUGGGGAGCUGGUGGAGCGACACCAGGGAAGUUCCUCAUUGGCUUACGAGUGGUCACAUGUGACAGCUCUGUCCUGGUUCAGCCAAACCGCGUUCUUGUGGUACCAGCGACUAACGUCACGCUUUCUGCGUCAACGCACAACAGGACUGUGUAUGACAUUGUGGCCGGCACCAUUGUGGUCAAGAGAAACCGGCUUAGAUGACUUUGUCAUUGAAGUCAAUACCGACCCGACAUUGUAAUGCAAAAACAAGCUCAUAGACAAAUGAGAGAGAACCAGCUGCAGUGACGCAUACUGAACUGAACUAAAGCUAUUGGCCUCUCGAAGAACUGUCACUUUAACAUCUGAACACUGAAUUUCCAGUAAUUCUCACCCAUCUUCUUUGGACACUUAGUCUUAUAAGCAUGAACUGCUUUCUCAGAAGUGUUUUUUAAUCAUCUGUGUUGACAUCUUUGAAUAUUUUUCUUGUGCCAAAAUAAGAUCAUUUAUAAAUGCGCUGCCUCACAAUACUUGAACUUCCUCUGGUACAUGCAUUUAAUCUCUAUCUCUCUCUGUUAAUGAAUGUGGAUUAUUGAUCAGAAUAUUUACUAAGAACAUUCUUUGACAAAUGGAAUUUGAGCAGGAAGUAACAUUUCU